AUGAGACUUGAGCCGUUAGAGCUGAUAGAGCCUAGUCGAACACUCAUUGAAAUUCCACGCCAGCCUAAGCCUCGUCUUGAAAUAUGUCCAAGUCGCCGCGAACGUUUGUUAGGUAUUGGGUGGGUUUUCGAGUGGCCAGGAGGUCAACGCCCUCUCAAUUCAACAUGGCCAUGGUCUGGAGUUAAACUCUCAAUCUUGGUAUUGUGGGGUCCGUCCACAGCCACUACCGUGCAAGGCUCCAAUACCCUCAGCAUUCCAUCCAUCCACGAGAGCGAGGAAUUAUCUACCACUCGUCACUACUUUAUCAAUUACUAUCAACAAACUGGAUCAGUCAUCAAACAAGAAUUACACGACAACGAUCCAUACGACAACGAUCCAUUUAUCUUCGGUCAAUAUCAGGGCAACCACUUACAAUUACACUCACAACGGCCGAGUGACUCUAAUCGGUCUUCAACAUUUGAUCCGCAUUUGAACAGUUCUGUAAAUCAAGCGCCAGCAAUAUUUCAGCCAAUACCAAAGUUGAAUUAUCUUGGGUAUAACAAUAUACAGGCAGCUGCGCCGAGAACGAAUCAAGUGCUUUUAACCAUGUCGCAUAUAUCGGACAUAGAGGACAUACAGGUCAUACAGGACAGACAGGACAGACAAUCAAAGUCGCCUGCUCCUCCUCAAGGCUCCUCCUACAAAAAUGAAGGAAUAGCCGACACCAACGAAACUAAUAAUAUCAACAAUAUCAACAACAGUACGCGUGCGAGUCAUAACUUAAAUACGAAUCAUGACACCAUUGGAGUUGUGCCUGAAGUUUCAAACCUCCAGUCAAAUAUAAUAACUGUUGGUCCUCCCAACCUAUUAGCUGAAGGCCGCGAAUGCAAGAACCACACGAAUGAAAAUAAUGGAGGUGGUGUAUCAGAAGGAUUACUAAGCGUGGCUGGUAUCCCACGUACUUCGCCACAUAACUUUAGCGCACAAGGCAAACACCAAAUUGAAGCCUCUCAAGUUCAAGGAUAUCAGCAAUUGCAUUAUCGACAAGCCAAUAACCAACCUCAAAACGACCAAGCCGGACUGUACGAGCGUGGCAACCAUCUUUCUUACGACUAUUCGACAGCCACAUCUUCCUCCCCUGAUCCUGAUAGAUUAUAUCUUCUUCAAGAUUACGAACCAGGCCCUGAUCCAAACUUCUUUCAAAACUACGAUCCUCCCCGUCUCGACAACAAUAUGAGCCUAAGCUACGAGUCCAGAGCAUUUAUGCCUGAUACACAGUACCCGAUGCAAAUGGCACACGAAAGCCAAGAACAAGACGAGUUCAAAACUCACGAUGAACCUCAUUACCCAAGUCCUCCGCCUCCGAUGUCCGAGAAUCCUUACACUGCACAACCUAUGACUGCAACUCCAGAACAACACACAUUAGAAUUACCAGAAUUACCAAAAGAUGAGGGGGAAGUGCCAUCACCCGGACGAUCAAAGCCAGUGCCAAAGCCUGAUAGAGAGGUUACAAAGGAUGCAAAUGGAAGAUUCUACUGCACUUGGCCGGGAUGUACCGAAGAGGUUAAAGAUUUUAAUAGAAAAUGCGAGUGGAGCAAACAUAUGGACAAACACGAUCGCCCUUAUAGAUGUAAGGAAACUGGUUGCGAAAAGCUCCCUGGAUUUACAUACUCUGGGGGACUCCUUCGGCACGAAAGAGAAGUGCACGGAAAACACGGCGGCCCUAAAAAGCAACUCAACUGUCCACAUCCUAACUGUAAACGUCACACUGGCAAGGGGUUUUCUCGUCAAGAAAAUCUAAACGAGCAUCUUCGACGCGUACAUACAGAUACAGGAAUGACGCAAAUGACCAUGGAGGAAACGGAAGAAGAUGUCAGCCAAGCAGUCAUAACAGGCAUGAAGAGAAAACGCGGAAAUAGCAAGGAAGAAACAAGUGAACUAGAGACUCUCCGGGAGGAAUUCAAGAAAAUUAAGGCGGAAAAUGAUGAACUAAAAAGGAACUCACAAGCACAACAGGCACAAACUGCAGAAGUUAUGCGCCAACUGGUUGAACUGCAAAAUAUAGCUACGCUGCAGCAUCCGAGGAUGAAUGCACCACAGGCUAAUAUGUAA